AUGAACAAACAUCUCUUCCUCUUCUUCUUCGGCCCACCUGGUGGCUUCGCUAUUCGAUUUUUAGCUCCAGAAUUGAUCGCUUCGAUCGAUGCAGCGACUAACAAGCCACUCUUGAUCACCUCAGCUGUGAUUGCUUCAGUGGCGAUCGCGGUGGCUUGCACUCAUCUUUUCGUCGCUAGUCCGAUUGACCCCGUCGAAUUUCGUUUGCCUCCACAAACCCUUCAAGAACGAGUUUCCACAAACAGCGAAUUGGAGAAGGCUGAACUUCUGUUGGAAGAUCAAAUCUAUGGGCCAGAAUCGAUUGCAGUAAACCGGAAGACCAAGAAGGUCUACACUGGACUUAAAACUGGCCUGAUCUGUGAGCUCGAUCUCGAUGGAAAGCGCUUAGCCGAUGCUCUAAAUCGCGGUAGUAGCACUACCUUUGAUGCUGCGUACGUAGCUCCCUCUUGUGCGAAGGAUGUUGCAAAGAAACUGCUUGCAGAGUGUGGCAUUAGAGUGCAUCCCAAAACAGAGGAGCUUUAUGUUCUGGACGCCUAUCUUGGAUUAUUCUCGAUUGACUGGGAGACAGAGAAAGUACGCCACUUUUUCGCCGGUGGAGCUGCGAUCAGCGACGACGACAGCGCCAUUCCGACC